CUCUUCUCUAAGUAGCAUGUUGCAAGGCUUCAUCCUCUUGAAUAUCCCAGUAGCAACAUUCUUCUAGUUCUGUCACUCGUCGCAGUCGAAACUAAGAAGAAUGUAUCUCGUUGAUCGCUUACACCUCAGUUCGCCCGUCCUUCUCUGUCCCACCUUCAUCGCUCGACAUUAAAUCCCCUCCUCCAACCUCCGUCUCCAUUCUGACCAGCUGUCAACCCCAUCAUCAUGGCCGACAAGGAAGCCACCGUCUACGUCAUCGACGUCGCGCACUCCAUGGGGAGACAAUCACCGAACCGUACACAAAGUGAUCUCGAAUGGUCUCUCCAGUAUGUAUGGGACAAAAUCACCAAUACCGUCUUCACGGGCCGCAAGACCCUGCACAUUGGCAUUGUGGCACUUGGCACAGACGCGACCAGCCUGAGUGAUGAUCUCCAGAAUGAGGAUGCAUACCAACACAUCAGCGUCGUGCAACCGCUAGAUCAAAUCCUCAUGCCACAACUGCGAAGUCUGCCACCGAAACUCCAGCCAAGCUCGACCGACGAGCGAGAUGUCUUGUCCGGCAUUAUUGUCGGAGUGGACAUGAUCCUCAAACAUUGUCGCAAUCUCAAGUACAAGAAGAAGGUCGUGGUUGUGACCAACGGCUCCGGUCAAAUUGAUGACGAUGAUGUCGAAACCACAGCGGACCAGUUCAAGCAGCAUGGUAUUGAGCUCGUGGUCUUGGGUGUCGACUUUGACGAUACGGAGUAUGGGUUCAAGGAGGAAGAUAAACCGGAACAAAAAGUAUGGAAUGAAGCCUUGCUGAAGCGACUGUGUGAAGCCACCGAUGGCGUAUAUGGGACAAUGCAACAGGCGAUUGACGAACUGGCCAUCCCAAACAUUAAGCCGGUCAGGCCCACUCCGACGUUCACCGGCCAGCUGCGGUUGGGGAACCCCGAGAUCUACGACUCGGCAUUGUCAAUAGACGUGCAACGGUAUUUCAAGACUUCGAUACGGAGGCCACCGACCGCCAGCGCUUUUGUGGUGAGACAAGGUGGAGGUGGCAGUGGUGGCCAAGAUGAGGCUGGGACCUUGGAUACUGUGCACAGCACUUACAGAUACACGGUGCAGGAUCCUGAGAACGAAUCCGGAGUCAGGGACGUGGAUAGAGAAGACUUGGCCAAGGGCUACGAAUACGGCAGAACCGCGGUGGCCAUUUCAGAGACUGAGCAGAACAUUACGAGACUGGAAACCUCGGCGGCAUAUGAGAUUCUAGGAUUUAUUCCCAUCGAGAAUGUCGAGAGAUACAUGCUUCUCGACAACUCCAAUAUGCUGGUGGCUCAAAAGGGAAACGACAAGGCGACCUUGGCGCUCUCAUCUCUCAUCCAUGCUCUGCACGAGCUGGGCUCUGUUGCUGUUGCGCGCUUGGUCAAGAAGGACAUGAAUGAGCCCAUCUUGACCAUUCUUUCACCACUGGCUACCCAAGAAAUCGAAUGUCUCGUUGAGAACGUACUCCCGUUCGCGGAAGACGUCCGCACGUAUCGUUUUCCCCCGUUGGACAAAGUCUUGACUGUCUCGGGCAAAGCCCUGACCGAACACCGCAACCUCCCCAAUGAUGACCUCCUCAACAGUAUGAGUGAGUUCGUCGACAGCAUGAAUCUUAUCGAUGACCAGGGCGAGGAACUCAUGGCUAUCGAAGACACAUUUUCGCCACUUCUCCACAUUAUAGAAGGAGCCGUCAAACACCGUGCUGUCCAUCCUACGUCACCGAUCCCAGAGAAACCCGAGUCGUUUCUGGCGUAUUCCCGACAACCCGCGCACCUUCAAGAGGCUAGCCAAUCCAUCCUAGCUAGAUUGAUCAAGGCAGCCGACGUGAAGAAGGUGCCUCCCAAGACCAAAGGUCGUCGUCGGUACCGUGAGGCCGAGAAGCCCUUGUCAGGGCUCAACGUGGAGGAGCUGUUUGAGAAGGAGGAUCGCACCUCGAUCUCGGCCACCAACGCCAUCCCAGAAUUCAAGCAGCUUGUGGGCACCACGACAAAACUGGAGGACUUCCAAAAGUAUGUGCAGCAGAUGUUGGCCAUUAUUCAAGAUUGGACUCGGGACAGUUUGGGGGAUCAGAACUAUGGUCGUGUCCUGGAGGCCUUGGGUGUGAUGCGAGAAGAGAUGAUCGGUUACGAGGAGCCCAAGGUGUAUAAUGAUGCCAUUGCUAAACUCAAGCACAAACUGUCGGCCAAGGAUCUGGGGGGCGACCGGCGCGAAUUGUGGUGGAAAAUUCGAGUGUCGAAACUGGGUGUAAUCAGUCAAGAUGUUUCGGAGAGCUCCGAUCUGACUCGUGAGGAGGCAGACAAGUUUAUGGCCGCGAAGCUGUGAUGAAUUGCUUUCAGCCCAUCACCUCGAAGCAGUUCUUGUUUUCAUGUGGUCGAUACCCCCAAAAGUUUAAUGAGAAAAUGUAACAAAAAUGAGAGAUGAAUGAUGUUUAGGAGAUUUUGCC